CAAAGAAAAGAAAAAGGAAAUCAAAUAAACAAGUCUCCUCUCUGUCUUCCCUUUAGUUACUUUCUCUCUCUUUGAAACUUGAAAAAAAAGAGAGAGAAAAAAACAAAUUCAUUUUCUUUGAUUUUCUGAGCUCCCAAACAGAAAGUGGAAGAGAGGGGGAGGAGACUAUCAAAUGUGAUGGGAAGUGGACUCUCCACAAUCUUCCCUUGCUUCAAACCGCCAAACAACAAUCAACAGGACUUGAUUUUCACUGCUUCUGAGCCGUUAGAUGAAACCCUAGGUCACUCCUUCUGUUACGUCCGAUCUUCCAACCGUUUUCUCUCCCCUACUCCCUCCGAUCGCUUUCUCUCUCCUUCUCACUCUCUCCGUUUCUCCCCGACCCGGCCGGUACCCGAAACCGGUUUCAAGUCCAUUUCCGGCGCUUCUGUUUCUGCCAAUACUUCCACUCCUAGAACUGUCCUCCAACUUGACAAUAUCUACGACGAUGCCGCUGAUGUUAUUAACUCUUCUAAUAAUAGUGGCGGUUUUGUUACUUCUUCUAGUGGAGGUGUAAGGGUUAAUAACACUGGCAGUAUUGUGAAUAAUGUGACUGGUUUUGAGAGCACGGCGUCGUUUAGUGCGUUGCCGUUACAGCCAGUGCCACGUGGAGGGGAGGGUUUUUUUAUGUCGGGUCCGAUCGAGAGAGGCGCCCUGUCCGGUCCGCUUGACCCGAAUACUGCUGGAGCAACCGAUGGGAGUGGCGGGCGGGUGCAUUUUUCUGCUCCACUUGGUGGCAUUUAUGCAAAAAACAAAAAGAGGAGGGGGAAGGGUAUUUCGAGGAUUAAAAAGGCGAUUUAUCGGAAUAUAUCUGAGAAGAAUCGGCCGUGGGUUGUUCCGGUGUUGAAUUUUGUGAACCGGAGGGAAAACUCGGGGAUUGAAGAGGAGAGGGAGGGGAGAGAAGAAGGUGACAGUGUGCAGUGGGCAUUAGGGAAGGCAGGAGAGGAUAGGGUGCAUGUGGUUGUAUCCGAGGAACACGGGUGGUUGUUUGUUGGGGUUUAUGAUGGGUUUAAUGGACCUGAUGCGCCGGAAUUCUUGAUGGGGAAUCUUUAUAGAGCUGUUUUUAAUGAACUUCAAGGUUUGUUUUGGGAGGUUGCUGGAGAGGAGCCUCAAGAGACUAUUCACGCUGAGGGAAUUGAAAGUAAAACUGACCCAUUAAUGGAAAAGAGUGGUGCAAGUGACGUGAAGGGUUCAAUUGUGAUAAGUGAAUGCAAUUUGGUGUCAAAAACAGAUCCUUUAGAGGAAGUUUGUGUUAAAAAGGAUGGCGAUGGUUUAAUUUGUGGAAUGGCAUCUAAUGUGGUCAAUCAGGAUAGAGUGAAGAGGGUUACGUUUCAACCAGAGGAGACGGAGGGGACAGCCAGUACCCGGAGUAGGAGGUUAUGGGAGUUUCUAGCGGAGGAUGAUAUUGAAGAUGGGCUUGAUCUUUCGGGGUCAGAUAGGUUUGCUUUUUCUGUAGAUGAUGCAAUUAGUGUUGGUAAUGCCGGGUCACCUGUUAGCAGAAGGUGGUUAUUGUUGUCAAAAUUGAAACAAGGGUUGUCGAAACAUAAGGAGAGGAAGUUGUUUCCAUGGAAAUUUGGAUUGGAGGGGAAGGGGAAGGUGGAGGUGGAGGUGGAGGUGGAGAGUAGUAAAGUAGAGGAAAGGGUUUUGAAGAGGAAGUGGAAGGCAGGACCGGUUGACCAUGAGCUGGUUUUGGGGGCAUUGUCGAGGGCAUUAGAAGCGACUGAAUUAGCGUACUUGGAUAUGACAGAUAAGGUGUUGGAUACCAAUCCAGAGUUGGCAUUGAUGGGUUCAUGUUUGUUGGCUGUGUUGAUGAGGGAUGAAGAUGUGUAUGUGAUGAAUGUGGGUGAUAGCAGGGCAAUUGUUGCACAGUAUGAGCCACAAGAAGUUGGUUCCAGUGUGAAUGAAAAUGAACUAAGCACAGAGGCAAUAGUUGAAACGAGAUUGACUGCAUUGCAGCUAUCUACUGAUCACAGCACAAACAUUGAAGAAGAAGUCAUUAGAAUCAAGAACGAGCACCCAGACGAUAACCAGUGCAUUGUGAAUGACAGGGUGAAAGGUCGUCUGAUGGUUACCAGAGCGUUUGGGGCAGGAUUUCUGAAAAGGCCCAAGUUGAAUGAUGCCUUGCUGGAAAUGUUCCGAAAUGAGUAUAUCGGUACUGCACCGUAUAUAUCCUGUUCACCUUCUCUUCGUCACCAUCAACUGUGUCCAAGAGAUCAAUUUUUAGUUCUCUCAUCUGAUGGAUUAUAUCAGUAUCUGACCAAUCAGGAAGUGGUUUCUCAUAUUGAGAGUUUCAUGGAGAAGUUUCCAGAUGGAGACCCUGCACAGCACCUGAUAGAGGAGCUUCUUUUUCGUGCAGCAAGGAAAGCUGGGAUGGAUUUCCAUGAAUUACUGGACAUCCCACAAGGAGAUCGCAGAAAGUACCAUGAUGAUGUUACUGUUAUGGUGAUAUCGCUUGAAGGAAGAAUCUGGAAAUCAUCAGGAAAGUACCUUUAAAAGUCUUCGUACUUUGGGCGAUGUCUCAACUGCUGAUGACCUUUCUACACUAUUUGGGAUGGAGUUUCAAUUCUCCGGUCUAGUUUUCUGUGAGCAGUUUAGAGAGUUUCAAUUCUGACCCAUUUUUGAUGGCUCAUAGAACCUUACUUGGGGUGGUAUACAGUAUAACAGGGGUAAAGUCCCAAAUGAUUUGGGCAAAUACUAAUGCUAGGUGUCUGUCAAUAGCUCGGUAGAUGUCCUGAGGAUAAAAAGCAAUCAGGCAAAACAAUGGAUGGGGGUUAGCAACUGCUCUAGGAAUUAAAAGAAAAAGAAAAGUCCUUUUUCCUUUUUUGUUUAGGCACAGAUGUUUGCAUAGGUGGAGGCUCACUCCAUUCAUAGUUGCCUUUAUUUUUCUUUCUUUUCAUUUUUUCAUUUCUUUUUUUUUUAAGAGCAAAAAGAAGGGGGGGAACGUUUGUAAUAUGGUGAGGGGUAUACUGAACUAGAGAACGUCCUGGUUAAAGGUGAGCUCUGUAAUUUUGAAGGUGGAUCUUCCACCUCUGCGGUUUAAAAAGAAAUGGGAGUUUUCUUCUCA